AUGAAAACGCAGAACAACACGGACGGUAGAAACCAGAGAUUACAGAGUAAUUCUCCUGGAAUGCUUGACCUCGCUGUUCAUAUCGCUGAAUCUUCUCCCUCUCCAGUAGAUGAAAGAAGCAUCCAGAGAAUGUUUGAAUGCGACCCGUCACAGCUGCCAGCGGAGCAACCGCAAUGGUCCCGCAACUCGUCACUAGACAAUUCUCCCCCAAGAACAAACAAUGAGCCAGAUGACAAAUAUAAGCAAAAUCCAGGACCAAAAGCAUCUGUAGAGGAAUACAAAGCAACAGGCACUGAAACUGCGAAUACAGAAGAAAAAAACCAACCCCAAAAAAGCGAAAGAAUUACCGGUGAACAAGAAGAGAUUCAUAAUAAUAAAUAUAAACCCACAGAAGAUUUUCAAUCUAAAAUGCUAACAGAACCACGAGUUAUACGGUCAAAGACUGCACACGAAAUAGGCAACUGGUCAAGUGAGAGUGAAGACGAACAAAAUGACGUUUACUAUAGGCUUUCUGAAGCAGACGACGAUGAAUCAAGGCAAACUGAUAACCCUAAAGUAACAAAAAAUUCAGAUGAUGAAGAAGAUAUUGAAAAAAUUGAACCAGAUUCUAGUUUUGAAACUAGUCAUUUAUAUCAACGUCUAGAAGAAUCACCUACACCAAGUCCUAAUAAUCCAGAAUCGACAACUCUGGUGUAG